UUGCUCAUUGGACAGAUCUGCUUCUUCUCUCCGUCAAGACCAAGCUGAGUUGUAUACUCGAUAUAUGCUACUCUGCAAUAGCGAACAAAUAUGUGCGAGGGUCCGCGAAAGACCCUUGGCCUUAAUUGCUGAGAUAAUCGAUUGCGACAGGGGCAUGCACUUCUGCCGGCAGCCGGCUCCACACUCAAUCUAAUAUCGACCCAUGAAGAAACAAGACUUGCGUAUCUUAUACCCACUGCAAUAUUAACGGUUUGAACAGCAUCAUCGCACGUGAGGACUAUGUAAAGCUUAGGGAUGGCCGUACGUGGCCUUCUCCUGUGCACAUUGCUUAUCAAGUCAGAUACGCAAGAUAAACCAAUUUUCGUCGCAAAGCUAUUGCCAUCUGGAUGUGACGGGAAGACGACCGACUGUUAUAAAGAGCAUGUCAGCAGAACACCCACAACUCGUGCGGUCUAUCCGGCUUCUGGCCCAUCUCCUCCUUGCAUUACCGACAGCCGCUCUCUUUCCCACAGGCAUCAGCCCCACGAUCCAGGACCCUCUCACCAACCCACCGCGCACAUUUUGCCCCGUUGCCCAAGAUGGCGCAACAUCAAAUACCUUUCCAUGGACAGUGACACCAACCUGUUUCAAAGGCGUCUUACCCAAUGAAAAGGAAGAUCAUGGCCAUGUCGGCAUCCACGAACAGUUCUGCGUAUUCACCAACUCCUUUUUCCGCGGAAAUCGAGGAAUAAGUCUUGUUACAAUGCCAGAAGUUGCCGCCGAACUUCCCUACGCAUCAUUCGAGCCAUUCGAGCUCUCCAUUUCUAGCGCAACGCCAUUCUUACAAACGCACGUUGAGGGGAAAGGCGAGGGUUUGAUUGCAACCAAAGAAAUUGGGGAAGGGGACUCGCUCAUGUUGAAGAGUCCUGUAUUGUUUGUGCAUAAAGAUGUCUUGAAAACACCCUGUCGCCACCGCCGCCAUGUUCUAUUGGAAAAGGCGGUUGAACAAUUGCCAGAGAAGACAAAGCAGGCACUAAAGCCGCUUAGCCGGGUAGGAGAUGAGUAUGAAGUUGAAGAUAUGAUCAAUAUCAAUGCAAUGAAUGCCGAGGCUUGGGAGGGUAGUGGCCAUCUUAUCGUGGUUCCCGAAGCUGCUAGAAUCAAUCAUGCAUGCCGUCCAAAUGCGUACUACCGCUUCGAUGACACCGCGCUAAACUUGGACGUAUUCGCCAUGACGAACAUCAAAGCAGGAGAAGAACUCACCUUCAGCUAUGGUUUCUCCCACCUCCCGCAUGAUUCUCGCAUGGAAGCGUUGCAGGCAGCCUGGGGCUUCACAUGCACCUGCCCACUAUGUACCGCCAACUCCACCUCCCAAUCAACGUCCAACGCGCGUCUUCAACAGAUUUCGGAAAUCAAAUCUGUACUCCCGACUUCCCCCUCGUCUAUGCCGCAGCUUCUUGGCUUGUUGCCCGAUCUUAUCUCGCUCCUCGAAGCUGAGGACUUGAUUCGCGAGCUCCCCAUGUAUGAGGAGAUUAUGGCGUAUACAUGGAGUAGCUUUGGCAUUGAAGAUCGAGCGCGGAUGUGGGCAGGCCGUGCAGCGAAGCAUUGGAGUAUCGUUGCGGGAAUGGAGAGCUGGGAGGUGAAGAGAAUGAGGGAUAUGGAGAGGGAUGUCAGAGGACAUGGGACGUGGCUGGGGUGGGACGGGGAGGAUCCUUGGGAAGGCGUUGGAAAGGGGCAUCCAUGGGAUGAGCACGAAAAGCAUGACCAUGGACAUUAG